UCUUAUUACCGUAUUCGGCACUCGAUGACGGCCAGUGUGUUUCAAGACGCGCACGAUAAGACACGUAUUGCGAUCAACCAACUUCAACAGCGAUAAUUAUCUCAUUUCACCCUUUCAACUGCACUAUGAGACCCUACGUUUUAUUGUGGCUGUCGGCCGCUUUCUUAGCGACCGGGAUCUCCGGCUCGGCAAUUCCGAUGUGGGAGUUCCUCAGCAGAGGAGAAAAGAUGAGCCACUUGUUUAACAUGUUUGUAAAACAAGUAGCCGAUUUUUGUGAUUCAUCUUCGAUGCCGGACUGCAAUAAAGUAUUGCUUCUUUACGGUUUGACUAAUUUAGCAAAAAUGGAAGAUGACAGCUUAGACCAAAUGGACCCUUAUCAAAGAGGCUCUACCAUGAUGAUUUGGGAUUCUAUGAUGAAAGGAGGAUACUCUCCAUCAGAAACGACCAAUAACAAACACCAACACGAAAACACUGAUCCAUUAGAAACAAGCGGGGAAAACGAUUUAGGAUCAGCAUCAAACAAUGUGGAAGAAAUAGCAACACCGCCCGGCGGUUAUGUUAUCGGACCGAUGGUGGUCAGAGUGAUGCCCGAUGGCCGUCCAGUUCCAGGCGAUUCUCAACGACCUUUGCCUAAAGACGAGGAUGCAGAAGAAUUCUUAGCCAUGCGAUCCAAACCUAUGCCGUCCAUGGUCGAUGUAUUAGGUCAACGCAACCAACAACGGAAGACGCAAGAAAGACCGGCCGCAAGACCAUAUAGGUAUACCUUAAAGCCCAUCAACUGAUACUUCUAAACACUGCCUUUUCUCAACAACUUGGUACAGUUUCAGACGUCAUAUUUAUUUAUUUAUUUUUAUAAAUGCGUAUUUUUUUUUAUAUAGAUAUAUAUUUAUUUUUUUUAUGUAUUAUGGAGAAACAUUUUUUAUCUUGGAAAAUUCUAUUAUAUCUUUCAUUGUAACUAUUUGUUUAAUUGUUUUCUUUAGGUUUAAAUGUGUCAGGGUCCUAAAUAAUUGUGAACACAAUUUUUUUAAACUUUUUAUUUUUUAGAGUGAGAUACUAUUAUUUAUUUAUAAAUUUAUAAUUAUUUUAACUUAUUUGUAAAUAGUACUGUUAGGUACCAUGUGUUGUGAUAUUUAUGUUAAAAAUUAAGUAAACA